ACUGUAGAAAACAACGUCACUUCCGAGAAACUUUUGUUCUCAAAUAUUACGUCAUGGUUUGAAACGCACGUAUUUAAGAUGUGAACCAGUCUUGGAUCUUAGCCCUUGUGUUGAGUUGAAAUGGAAAAGGUGAUCAACUGUUUCAAGAGGAGCCCAGAGGCUGUGGCCAGGCUGAUAUGCUUCCCCUGGGCAGGUGGAGGCUCCAUACACUAUGCACGCUGGGGAAACGUCCUCAACAGCUCCAUAGAAGUGUUUGCUGUCAAACUUCCAGGCAGAGAGAGUCGAGCCAAAGAGCCCUUCUUUGAGAACAUGCAGCAGAUAGUGGACGAGGUUAUCAGUGUGCUGUUACCAGUGCUGAAAGAGAAGCCGUUCGCUCUGUUUGGCCACAGUUUUGGUGCCUUCACCAGUUUCGCUGUGGCAGAUGCUCUGAAGAGACUUCACAACCUUGAACCAACUCACAUCUUCCUGUCUGGUGCCUCUGCCCCUUUUUCUGAGACACGCAUCAAAGCCCCAAAGAGAAGCGAGUUAUCUGAUGACGAUUUUCUCAAGUGGAUGAUUUCGAUUGGAGGAACUCCUCCUGAGCUGCUGGCGAACCCUGAGGUCCUGAAGCUCUUCCUUCCUGCCCUGAAGGCCGACCUACACGUUGUGGAGAACUACAAGUGCGACAAGCCAGACAAGCCGUUCCUCUCCUGCCCAGUCACGUGUUUCGAUGGAAAGGAUGACAUUCCUCAUGAUUUACAAGCUUGGAAAAGCAUCACAUCGGGAGAUUUCACCAUCAGAAUGCUCAAUGGAUCUCACUUUUACCUGAAGGAUUCUGAAAAUGAAAAGAUUAUAUUAGACUACGUCACGAAGCAGGUGGAAACAGCAGAAAUGGACUAUUUAUAGUGAAAUCACUGAAUAUUGUUUCAUAUGACUUAAAUGCUUUUUUUUUUUACUAAUUCAUUGUGUUGGAAAUGAAUUCUGGAUACAUCUCAGAAAUGUGACAUUGUGUUUCAUUGUCGAUCUAUCAGUGCACCCAAUUAUUUUUUAUUAUUUAUUAAUCUGAUGGUUAUUUUUAAUCAAUUAAAAUGUUAGUUAACAAAUAGAAAAUAGUCAUAACAGUGAAAAAUGACUGAAUUGCUAAAGAGGACAUUUUUUAUUUUAUUUAAAAUUUUAAUUUUUUAAAUUACUUACUAUUUUAAGUGCUCGGUAUAUUACACAUCAAUUAACAAUUUAUUAUUAUAAUUAAUCAAUUGCCAGAUUUAGCCAAAGGCUCAUUUACAUCUGCAGUAAUAAUAUAUAAUAAUAUAAAAAAGUGAAAAGCAGCCCAUAUGUUUUUUCUCAAUAAAUUAUUAAAUUUUAUUUUUAAUUAUAAUUAUUUUUUAUUAAACUGAUGGUUAUGUUUAAUUAUUUAAUAUGUUAGUUUAGUUUUAGUAUAGUUAGUUUUGUAAAACAUAUUUAAUGACCUUACUUUAAUGUGUUAAGUGAAUCACCCAUUAAUUAACAAUUAUUUAUAUUACUAUACUUACUAUAAUUUAAUUAAUAAAAUGUGCCAGAUUUAGCUAAAAGGCAAAUUUGUAUC